GUAUUUCCUGCUUGCAAGUCUGAACCUCUGUUUUCUUAAUCUCAUUUAGCUGGGCGUCGAAGUCGUCUACUUUCUGUUGUUCAUCGGUCGGAUCCGAUCACUUCGGAGGUCGAAGACGAGGUACCGGUGCCUCCAGGUCGUUCGAGCUCGGACCGCCAUCCAUCUGUCAAGAUGAUUCAUCGCGGUGACCAUAGCAACGACGGCUACCGUCAGCACGAGCACCAAUCGACGAGCCGUACUCGUCACAAAAGUUCGACGAGGGGAUUGCCCGAUGCACAACUUCGCCGACGAUCCGUCUCGUCAGAGCUUGUUCGCGACGAUCAUCAGAGACAAGGUGGAUCGAGUAGAUCUCCCAUCAGAGAUCGGCGACGAAAGGAUGUCGAUAUCGAUGCAGCUCCUACCGGACAAGGCGCCAAGAUCGAGCAAGUCUUCUUCCCUCCCUUUGAGGAAGCGUCGAUGUCGGGCUCGGCAUUGACGUCAGCUUUGUCGGGGAUGGGCGGGAUGAUCGUCGAUGACAACGUCGAGGUCGACGUCGAUGGAGAGAGGACGUGGAAGAGCUUGUUGUCACCCGAAAGAAACCUCCCGCUCGCAAGCGGGCCAGGUCGAUCUGGACGGCCAGUGACCUCUGUCCGGCUACUUAACCAUCGUCGAACGCAGUCGAGUACCGACAUCUCGACCUUGACCGCCCGGACGCCUCUUCGACCUACCGGGUUCAGUCUGAACAAGAUGGCCUACCCUUCUCCCAGUCCGAAUUCGACCCUUUCUUCUUCGUCGUCUCCUUCCUCACCUCCCUCCUCUGCGUCCAAGAGCCGUCCGACCAGCUCGAUCUCGCCAUUGACCAGGAGCGCGAGGAGGAUGCUAGGCGAUACCGAUGAGAACGGUCUAGACUCACCGACGGAAGAAUGUCCGGGUGGGAGAGGGUUAUUGGAAGCGAUCAGGCUGGAUAGCCUUUACAAGCCGGUUUCGGUCCGGGGGGAGGGUUCAGGUCGAACGUCACAAGAAGAUCAAAAGUACCCACUUCGACGGUCCAAUACGCUGCCGGCUGGGAGGAACAAGAGAAAAGCGCUUUCGGUCGAUAUGAGCGGGAUGAGCAGUAACAAGCGUUACCCAAGCGGUAGCGCUGUACCGCCUCGAACGUUAUCCCACCUGCCCGAGAUCAACAUUGUCGAACCUCCUAGACCUCGAAACCGACCUCCUCCACUUCGAAACCUGCCCCCGCCCUCCUGGUCCUCACCCGGACCAUCACCCCCGUUGACCUCGCUCGCCACCCCUUUUUCGACCGACAUGUUCGUCAUGCCCUACCCGAACCCGGUGGCGACCAUGACCCCUGGCCUCCUCUCUCCCAAUUAUACACCUCCUCAUUCUCCCCUUCGUCGAGGUCAAGGAGGUGGUGUUAGGGGGGAAUGUCACAGCGUGCCCAUCACACCCCGAAGCGACCCGAUGGACGAGAUCUAUUCACCCCCAUUCCCCUAUAGGCAAGAACGACCGAGGAGACGGUCCAGCUUGGCCAGUUUUGAGAGUACGACCGAGACGAUCCGGCCUUGGCAUGUCAUCCAGCUUACGCCCAAACCGAGCCGUGCGCAGUUGAGCGACGACAAGGUGAACAAUGACAACAACGAUAAUAACGACAAGAAGAACGGGAACGACAAGGAAGGAAGACCUCGUCGUGGGGCAGAACCUGUCAUUGUCAGACCUGGGGACCGAACCGACCGUUGGCGUUACCCUAACUCGACCCCUAACAUCCUCGACGACCACCUUCAGACCAACCCUAUCGGCUUGAGCUUAGAGACGCUCGUUUGCGAUUGGGAUUUCGAGUCGGACUCUGAUCGUGAUCAAGGUCAAGGCCGAGGUCGACCAGUCCGUUCGUCAGAAGCUCUCGCGAGAAGGAAACGGCUCAGACUGGGUGCCAAGUUGCGGGCAGAGGCGAGGGCGAUGAGAGAGUCGAUCGAGCGGGAUCGGGUCAGGGGAGAGUCGCCCGCUAGGGGUCGAGUAUAAAACACCUCGUGAUGCUUAGGGGACUUUGGUGGCAACAGACCGGGGGGUCGAAUUUAUCGAGUUGUAUCGGAUGACGGACUCCGGCGAAUACAAGUGGAUGGCAGGCGGAGCGUAUACAUAUACACAUGCACGUAUGGAAUCUAUAAGAGAAGGUUGUGGGGGUUCAUUCGAGUUUUUCCAGGUAGUCCAAUCG